AUCGUCACGUAUCGACGUUUGGUCAUUGCCUCCUGGCGUCGACAUCCGAGGCAGAAGGUACCCCCUUUGCGUCGCUUUUCAACGUAGAUGGCCGUCCGAUACACUUCAAUGUAAAUCCCUCAUCUUCGGAUUCUGACGCGGGGGGUCAACUAACGAAUCUCUCGCGUGUGCUGGAAAGUUUCGGUUUUCAUGGUCAUAAUCACAAAUAACUUUGCUAGAUGUAGGCAUUAUCUUGCGAUAAAAAUACAACAGGUUUUAGGCUACAGAGGAUAGACUUUUUUUAAAUGGGUCAGACCCUCAACGUCGGAUUUUGACGCAAGCAGGGGGUCAAAAUCGAUUUGCGCUCUUUAUUAAAAAGCGUUUUGCCCGGUAUAUUUGUUAUAUUGCUUUUAUAUUGGUUCCAUUACCAACUAACGAAGUUUUAAGACAUCGAAUUGUGUUUUCUACCGUUUAGUUUUCAUUUCUGUUCGUUCAUUGUCCGCCCCCAAAAUAGAUUAGAAAUUGAUAAAUUGUUCGACCGGACCUAUCUGUUGUAUAUAAUAAUAUAAUAAUAAUAAUUGUUCUUGCAUCUGUACCCUACUUCACGUUGGCCAAUCAACUACUUGAGCAGUGAUACAUCAUUGCAUGCGACGAUCCCAAGCACCAUUGCGUUUUUCGAUUUCCAUACGUAAGUAUUGCAUCUAGAAUUAGACAUAUUACACUUUAAAUGUAGGUGAUGCAGUGUGGUUUUGUAAUGUUUCAAGUUGCAUUUUGGUGCAUAAAUUCUAUCAUGAGGUGGUUAAACACUAUCAAGAGGUGGAUAAACUUAAGAGAUUUAAGAGAUGGGUGAUCAACGUUUACCCACCACUACAGCCAUCAUCAUAAUGACAAAUAUCUUGGCUGGAUGUGGGCAUUAUCUUGCGUUAAAACAUACAACAGGUUUUAGGCCACAGAAAACUGAACAUUUUUAUGCAACGCAUGCGGAAAACUGACGUAUGACCAGGUUAGAUUGAAUUUAGCCUAGUUAAAUCCCUCAAAGUUAGAUAUUGACGCGGGGGUUCGAUUCGUUCUUCGCAAGUUUGUAAGUAGGCCUAGUCAGUGUAUUUAAUGACAGUUGAGAUUAAAGCCUCGAAUGUUUGGUCUGACUGUAGGCUGGACAUUUAACUAUUUGCUUUAGCCAAUUAUUUCCCCCAUGUCGCGACAUCUGCACACACAUCCCGAAAAAGCAUCAAUGAAUGAGCGCAAACAGUCGAGGCAGCUCCCAAAUGUCGCGGCAGCUCAGGGUGCCACCGGAAGUGCCACUGCUAGCUGCCGCGCGCGAUUUGCUCUUGCUCUAUUAGCAAGCUUUUCAAGAAUCAGCAUUGUUUUUUUAAAGUAUAAUCAUAACAUAGACAUAUCAUCACAUCAUUUAAUUACGUUUGUUUGGAAGCACCUUAGCCCUGAAAGGUCGCUAUUAUCAUGUUAAAUUAUAGAUUUUUAACGUUUCGCACAUGCGCAGAAUGAAUCGGGCAGGUGGACGUAUUCGCAUCGAUCCCAAGCAUCCACGCUUCCCGCUGCUCUACUGAACUGCAAGGAAAAUGACAAAGCGAAAAUUCAGGCGUUGCCCUGCUUGCCAGGUCGAGAACCAGGCCAUCAGGAAGUGCUGCAGCACCUGCUAUGCAAGCCUCAGCAAGAGUAAAAAGAUGGAGGCCCUCAAAGACCGCCUGGAUAAUGAGUGGGGGCAGGGGGUCUGGAAAAACAGGAAUGCGGCACGAGUGGUUUCUUCUGCCCAAAUUGCAGUGCAGAAACUUGCUGCCUUGGGCUAUAUGCCCAUUUUAUUUAUGGGCAGAAAGAAAAAUAAUCCGUUGAUCGCCGAUAUAAGUGCUGGAAUGCCAAUAAAUGAUGACACAUGACCUUUUAUUGACACCAUGAAGAAGGCUUAUGAGUAUUUACUUAAAAAGCAAGGACCCCAGAUGUCUCAGACCCAGCCUGACCAGCAGAUCCAAUCCCCGACCCAGUCUGACCAGCAGAUCCAGACCCUGACCCAGCAGAUCCAAACCCCGACCCAGCCUGACCAGCAGAUCCAGACCCAGCCUGACCAGCAGAUCCAGACCCCGAUCCAGCAGAUCCAGACCCCGACCCAGCCUGACCAGCAGAUCCAGACCCAGCCUGACUGGCAGAUCCAGACCCAGCCUGACUGGCAGAUCCAGACCCCGACCCAGCCUGACCGGCAGAUCCAGACCCAGCCUGAAGCUCAACAGAUUGAUGAUGGUGUCGUCCUCAACCUCUACUUUUUGCCCUCUCCACCCCAUCCCCAGACUCACCCUGAAGCUCAACAGCUCCAGGUCCAGCCACAGCCUCAGCAAAUUCAGCCGCUGACUGCCAAACCAAACCCCAAAAAAAGAAAAAAGGAUCAUUUUGAUACAACAGUUAGGUCCAGUCAAAUGAUCUAUUAUAUUCUGAUUGGUCGAGAGAUGUUCAGUGAUUAG